GUCAGUCACAGUCGGUGAGUGAGUGAGUCUCGCAGUCACCGCUGGAGGCAGCUCAGCUCUGACACCAGCUCCUCCGCGUCGACUCAGGACGAAUAUUAAUAACAGAGAGAAAAGGCAGUAACUCAUCGUCGUCAUUAUGCGGGCGAGUCGUUGCGUUUGCGCUCGCACGCUCGUUUUUUCCUACACAUAAAUAAUCCGUUUGCGCGCUAACUUGGCCGCGACGCUCGGAGGGACUCGCGUCGCCAUGGGAGGCAGACGCAGAGGAACACCUGGACAUGAUGAGGACUUCAGUUUCGUCAGUCCAGUUGUCAAGUAUCUGCUCUUCAUAUUUAACUUUUUAUUUUGGGUGAUCGCCCUCGUCAUGGUGUCCAUCGGCGUGUAUGCCCGCAUGAUGAAACAUGCAGAAGCAGCUCUGGCGUGUCUGUCAGUGGACCCCGCUGUGAUGCUGAUGGUCGUCGGGGUUCUCAUGUUCAUUAUCACCUUCUGUGGCUGCGUGGGCUCCCUGCGAGAGAACAUCUGCCUCCUGCAGACGUUCUGUAUCUCGCUCACCGUGAUCUUCCUGCUGCAGCUCGUCGCUGGAAUCCUGGGCUUCAUCUUCUCAGACACGGCUCGGGGUAAAGUGACCGAGAUGAUCAACAAUGCCAUCGUCCACUACAGAGAUGACAUCGAUCUGCAGAACCUUAUUGAUUUUGGUCAAAUGGAGUUUGGCUGCUGUGGUGGCGUGACGUACACGGACUGGUCCCAGAACAUGUACUUCAGCUGCAAGGAGAACAAUCCCAGCAGAGAACGCUGCUCUGUCCCGUUCUCCUGUUGUAUCAUAUCCAAAGACAAGGAGGUUGUCAACACCAUGUGCGGUCAGGGCGUGCAGGAUCUAGAAUACCUUAAAGCUGGAGAUCACAUCUACACCAACGGCUGCAUCGAUAAACUGGUCAACUGGAUUCACAGCAACAUGUUCCUGCUGGGCGGCAUCGCACUGGGACUGGCCAUCCCACAGCUGGUCGGGAUCCUCUUGUCUCAGAUUCUGAUCAACCAGAUCAAAGACCAGAUCGAGCUCCAGAACUACAACCUCAAACACCGCACUGACCCCUGGAGCUGACCCCUGACCCCUGACCUCACCACACACCAUACGUGAUUCAAGCAGCAGCAGCAGCAGGAUGGUACAUCUUCAUCGUAUAAGUACAGAGUCUCAUCCUCUUUGGAUUUAAAUAAGGAAACAGAUGAGAACAUGGCUCUCUGUCUCCCCCCAGUGGACACAGACCAUGCUUUUACGUUUCAACCUUUCAUAUUCUCUAGUUGCCAAACUGAAGUUUGAGUCAGAAGAUGUCCGCACGUUUAUGCUGCUGCAAACGUUCACUGAAAAGGGAAGAAUGUGUUCUUUUAUAAAGUUUUUAGCAAAUUAUAUGAACAUUAAAUUACUGAAUUACUGUAACCACUGGUGCGGUGAGGAGAUUCUGUCAUUUUCUGAAUUAUAAUUUAUUUUUUAUUCACAUUUUAGAUAUAUGUAUCAUAUAAUGUGUGUUUGUAUAAUGUUUUUACAAACAUAUAUAUGUAUAUAUAUAUAUAUAUAUAUAUAUAUAUAUAUACAUAUAUAUAUAUAUGAAACAAUAGAGAGGCCAGCAUAGUGGAUACAUAAGAUGUAUACAUCUACUGUCUAUGUUUUUUUUUAUAGUGUGUGUUUACGUGAAAGGCGUCCUCCUGCCCUUGUUACAGUAUAAUAAAGUUUUUUGAUAUGUUUGA